GCACUGAUGGCGCGCUUCGGCAACGACACAUCGCCUGUCGCCCGUGUGGAACGUGCCUCAGAAGACGUGAUAUACCCGUCGUGCGAUUGA